UAAAAACAAUGAUUUCGUAAACAAAUGAAUUGAAAGAAACAUUUGAAUUGAAAGACAGUAUAAAAGCGAUUGAAAAGUGAAACCAAACGACAAUUGAAUUGAUGGCCAAAAAUGACCGUUCAUUUGAUGCCAUCAGAGAUCGCACGGCUAGUGCUCGGAUAUCUGAAGGAAAGCCAAUGCUUUGAAACCGAAAAACACUUUCUGAAGGAAAGCAAACAUUUGACCGAAUAUGCCGUCGGUUUAAGACAUGGAUUCAAUUACUCGACUAAUAUCGACGGCAAGUCAUUGUUGGACAUCAUUAACGGCUUCUGCACUCUUCAGCAGCGAAAGGACUGUACGCCACGUGAGAGCAGCGGUGGCUCGAAGUCGAGCGGAUCCCAAGUGACCGACACUACCAAGAAGUGCACGAAUGAAGAGUUUAAGCGAUUAUCGCAACAAUUGUCCAAAAUUGAGACCAUUUUGAAUAAAUUGACGCAAAAUAUGACCGCAAAUAGUCUUCAGCCGAGUCUUCAGACGUGUCAUCAAAACCAAUACCGCAUUAUUCAGACAUCGAGUCCACUGAUUAUGAACCCAAUUGCCGUCAAUGAGUCGCCGAUCGUUAACAACAUCCAAACGGUUCAAACGCCGCAAAAGACCAUCAGAUCCGCUGGUGAUGACAAUUGUGUCACUCCUGUCAGAGAUGACGCUAUCUUCAGGACUCCGUCCAGAAGUGAUGCCUACAGUCCGCGACGGAAACGGACGCCAAGACGUCUGAUGAGCGGCGGUUCGACUCCAUUGAAGCCGCAAUCACUCAACUCUUCGUUCAGCGAUUCGUGCGAUCAGACACUCGUCGAGGGGUCCAGCGAUCAGUUGGGAGACGCCAGCGAACCGCUCCUCCGGAUCGACAUAAACGAGCCGUUAGUUCAGCCGGAGUUCAUUGUCGGCGAACUCUUAAACUUCGGUCCAUUGCAUGACGUGUUGGCCGACAGUAUUAACAAAAUUUUUGGCAACAUUUCUGAGCCGCCGAUCGAUGAUUGCGACCAAAACUCUCAUCAGUCGACGGAUACGGGUCUCCAAAACACAAACGACCAGAACAUUGAUCCGCAAGAGAUCCGUAUUAACGACGACGACGUGAACCAUAUUCUGGCGAAUCUGGAGUCGGCGCCAGAAUAUAACGCCAUUUUGGAUAUCAUCACCGAAAAGGAGCUCCAAAUGACACCAUAUAAAGACAUCUCAAGCAUUGAGACCAACACUUCAUCGUCGGCCUCAUCACUACACACACCGAAAACGCCUCAAAUCCGAGUUAACGUACAGAAAGCGCGCGAAAACUCUGCGAAUGUCGUCAAGAAUCUGAUGCAGGAAUUGAAGACACCCGAGAAGACCAUCACUUUAUACGCUUCCAGAAGUCCGUCAAAUUCGGCCCGAAUUACUCCCGUAAAGGUUACUCCCGUUAAAGUGUUUAGAAGUGAUUACAUUCCGGACAUGAACUGUGUUUUGGGCGACAAUAAUGUGCCCGUAAUUAUGCCCAAAGUGUCGGUCAUCGGCGAAGAUUUCAAUUUGAUCCACAAUUCGUUGACAAACAAUUUUGGCGGCUAUUCAGUGACUUCAGCGCCCAAUCAGACGGCGUUCACUGGUUUACAGAACCGUCGAAUGGGUGGCAGAAAACGGGUCGACUUCGCGAAACCCGCGUCCGAACUGCAGACCAAACGAUCGGAACUAAUUCAACGCAAAAUACUGCCAAAGCCUACGUUGAAUAACACGCUUAACACCAAUAGAUUGACCACAACUCUCAUUCCCGUUAUGGACACCAAUGAUUGUGUGACAGUUCCUAAACAGCCGUUGAUUUUAGUCAAUAAUAACACAAAUCCAGUGGAGACUAACGCAAUGAUUGUCACUCAGAAUGAGUCCCAAUCUUCUGAGAAACGAUUGCAAUCAAAAGAGCGAAAUAAUAAGCGCCACAAUUCCAGUGCCGAAGAGACAAAACCCCAUAAAAUUAGAGCAUCUGAUGUACGCUUUCCAACAGUGAAUAUAUUGCGAAAAAUGAACGCCUCGUCUAUGAAUCAAAUGCUUCAUAGAAUUCAUUCAAAACCAGACAAUAAAUGAUGGAUUUUAAUGGAAAUCAAUUGAGAUAUUAAUUUAAACACAUUAUUAACUAAUUGAAGCAAAACACUCGCAGAUUAGCCAAAAAUUAUUUGUA